GCCCGUUUAUAAAAACAGAGGUUGCCCCUACUCGUACCUGCAACGUCGGUCGAGCUUCAAUCAUGUGAAGCUAGUGAAGCAGUGCUCUCACUUGCGCACGAGAAAUUCAACAGUCAAGACAUCAUGGCCAGCAGCAGCGACGCCGCAGAGCAAGAGAACAAACUAUCACCAACAGGCAAUGGAGCUAACGCCCAGGCCAUAGCUACCAACUCUAGCACUGCUCCAACUCAGUCACCUGCAGCUACGGCAGUAUCCGGCGCCGUCUCCGCUCCCGAAAUAGUUGCCGAAAGCCCCCGCGCUGCUUCGCCCAUACAAAAUGAGAAGCUGGCGGCCAACUUGAAUGUCAAGGGCAAGGCAGGGCAUGCAGUGAUUGACCAGCGCCAGACCAUCCCGACAACAGGAAAAAGAUGUCAUACGACCAAGUGGGAAUACAUCACAUUCUGCCUGUUUUACUUCUCCCUGAACGGUGCCCCAAUUGGCAACAAUGGCGGCGGUCUCCGGCAGGCCUUGGUCAACAUGAAAUACCCGGACGGCUACCUUACCUGGGGUGGCGAAUACAUUCCAAUCAAUGCCAUGCUACUGAGGGUGCAGGGAGUCAUGUUCGCGGCGCAGCUGGUGACGCUGAUGAUCCUCGGUCCCUACGCCGACUACGGAAACUGGCGGCCUUGGAUCAUGAUUGUUGGCCAGGUCUUGCUCUACAUCUGCCAAUUCUCGCUGUGUGCUAUCAGCCAGCCGGAUCAGUGGGAGGCGGCACAGGCUCUGUUUGUCGUCGGGUCCCUCGCGGCCAACGUGGUCAACAGUUUCUAUGCCGCCACCUUCCCAUCCAUUGUCCGGGAUUUACCCAAGCUAAUCGAGAGCGAGGAGUGCGUCAAGGCCGGGACUGAGUCGCCCGAGAACCACAACAAGUUGGACGAGUAUGAGAGGGCCAAGCUGUACAACCUCAACAAUAUGACGGGGUCGUAUGUGGUGGCGGUGGUGUAUGCCAUAGCUGUUGGGAUGAUUGCCGGAAUUGGCUACUCGACAAACCAGCAAAAGAUCACAUCCUUCCGUGCCGCUCUGGGAUACUUUGGAUUCAUGACAGUGGCAUUCACUGUCCCAUUCUUCAUUGUCCACAAGCAUAGGCCAGGACAGCAGCUGCCAUCAGGCACAGGUUGGCUCACGGCCGGGCCCAAGCAGGUAUGGAGCGCCGCCAAGAGCGCAAAGAAGCUCAAGCAGGUGAUGCUAUACCUGCUUGCAUACUUCUUGCUCAACGAGACCUGGGGGACGUACUGGGCGGUCACUGGAAUCAUCCAAAACGACGUUAUCCACUACAGCCCUUUAAUGCUCAACGCCUUCAGCCUGACGGCCGACUUGUGUGGCGGGACGGGACAUCUCCUCCUGUUGAUCCUGCAGAAGCGCUUCCGGUUCAGCGUCAAGCAGGGUGUCAUGUUCGGCGCCGUCAUGACUCUGAUUCCACAGCUAUGGGGAGGCAUCGGGCGCUUCACCACCAAAGUCGGGUUCCAUAACGAGUGGGAGUUUUGGCUGGUUCAGGUCUGGAACAUCACGACGGCGGCCUGGGGUGGGUACAACGUGACCAUGAUCUCCGAGGUAGUGCCGGGGCCAAAGUCGUACAUGUUUUUUGCCUUGUUCAACUGCGUCGGCAAGACUUCGGGCUUCGUGGGACCGUUUAUCACGGCGGCAAUCAUCCAGGCCGACGGCGGGAAGAAUAAUGGCGCAUACUGGUUCCUGCUCGGAACUGGGCUGUUGGGCUUGUUGACUCUAUACUUUGUGGAUACGGAUCAGGCAAAGAUUGAUAGUGCUGCGUACCUGGCACGCGAAGCCGAAGAAAUGUACUCUGAAGAGCAGAGGGCGGCCGCCAAACACAAUCUGGAAGAGAGCUCGCCGGGCAGUACAACGCCAAUCAUGGCUGCUGGCGUUUCCGUUGGCAAGAUGCAGGAUUCUGAAAACCCAACAACAGUCAAUGUAGAGCACCCGACCGGCAAGAAUGCGUAAAGCAUGGAAUUAACUGCCGACCUACCCAAGACAAGCGUGCAGCGACGUUCGCAUUCGUUUUGGCCUGAUGGUUCAUUUCAGUUCAGUUUUAGUUCUUCGUGGCGUUGUGUGGCUAAACCUUAAUUUGAUGAAAAGAAACAUGUCUUGUUUUAAACGAUGUGCGAUUCGGUUUGGACGGUUCGCUUCUAGACCUUUGUCCUGAAUUGAGACUCUUGCAAACAACCUUAUUGCGCACGUACAGUACAGUACAGCCCAAGGUACGACGUAGUGAGUGCAAGCUAUCGGGGAAGCUUUCCCCUCACAAGAAUGAGGAGAUGGCCAGGGAUAGCACGCAAUACAGG